CGACAACAACAGCAACACAGCGAUAUUGUUGAAAAAACAAGGCGAUAUCAGUAACACCAAAUUCAACAACAUCAACAACAGCAACAACAACAGCAAAAGCAACAUAAUGUCAUCAGGAAAACGACCCAACAACCCAAAAUUGAAACGAAACAACAACAACCACAAACACAACGACAACGACGACCGCAUUAGCUACAACCACAGCAACAACCACAGCAACAACAUCAACAGAAGCAACAAAAUAACGUAUAAAGUUUUGUUGCUGGGUGAUUCGGGUGUCGGCAAGACAUCUAUCAUGAAGUCUCUUACUGGAUCACCCUUCAGCUACAACAUGCUCUCAACUGUCGGAAUUGACUUUGUGAAGAUGGCGUUCGAAGUCGACGGAGCCCAAGUGACUCUACAGAUUUGUUCAAAAAAUGUUCAGCGUCGUUUGAUUUUCAAAUAUUCGUUGCUACCUUCAUUCUCGUACGUCUUGGCUGAACAAGAUCAAUUGCUGCAAGGUUUGAUCCUCGUGUAUGAUACCACCAACAAGGAGACGUUUGAGACUUUGGACUACUGGAUGAACUCCAUCGAAUCAAUCUUCGACAAAGACUGCAAAGAGCCAGUGCCAGUUGUCAUGGUCGGUAACAAAAUGGACCUCGCUGGCAAGAGGCAAGUUUCAUACCAAGAUGGGCGAAAGUUAUCAGAGCGAAACUUCAUGGCGGGUUUCAUGGAGACGAGCGCAAAGGACGGGACGAACAUAAGAGACUGCUUCCAACUUCUAGCUGAGAACAUCGUCGAUACUUACGAUCGCAACAUGAUGGAUAUGUACCGCCUGUCGCAGGCCAUCGACACAAUCAAGCGAUCGGUCGACUACCCAGCAGCCACUGAAGAUGUGGUAGCCGCCCCAACCACAUUAACCACAAACCCCCAUCGCGCUGAUGACAAAAAGAAGUCAAGUGAUGAAAAAUUUCACAAAACAAAUAAAAGAGAAAAGCACAAAUUGAUAAGAACGAAAGAUAAAAAAUCGAAGACCAUAAAACUAAAAUCAUUUGGGAUGUCAAAGACAUCCGGUUGCCAAUGUAUCCAUUAAUAAAUAUUCUAUUGACUUUGUUUUAGCUGUGCCUUCAUUUUUAAUUCUUUGUUUGUUUUUUAAACUACUUAAAAUUUUUUAAACCGAAAAUUGAUUUACAUUUUUUCGAAAUUAUUGUAAAUAAAUUAUUUGUUAAACUAUUUAGUUCAAUUUUAUUCAAUUUUUAUUGAGGUAUUUUGUACUUCACAGUUAAUCUUUUGUAUCGUUUCAAGUACAAAUGCAAUCGUCAACUCAUCAAGUCAUAUAGAUUCUUUAAAAAUGAAAUGAGGAUGUUUUGAACAACGAUCUAGUCAUUCAUUCUUUUUAUAUGUAAUUUAAUGAUUAAAAUUAAAUAAUUAAUUUUUUUUUAUUUCGUAUUUAUAAUCAUUGUCUAUUUUCGUCCAUUCAUUUGUUUUGAAGACUUUUUAAUCUUUUGAAGACUUUUUAAUACAUAAAAUCUUCAUCUAUUUAGAGUGUUUCUAAACAUUUCUUCAAUUUAUUAAAAAAACUAUUGUUAAUAAGUUUUAAUUAGUUAAAAAUAACUUGUAAAAAGUAUUGAUAUGAAGUAUUUUUAUGGAUAUGUUUGUAAAUUUUAUUCGCUAGGACGUUGAAAAAUGUCUAUUGUAUGUUUCAUAUGAAAUAAAGAACAACAGUU